UCAGUAAAUAAUGAAGCAGAACUUGAUAUAUCAAUUUUCAAAGAGAAGCUUAAUGGACCUAUUGUGAUUAAGAGUAUAUAUUCCGCACAAGAAGCUUAUAUAAAGUUCAGUUACUAGGACGCAACGAUGAACAUUCUUAAAAUUAAGAAUGUCACACAUCCUCUGUUUUUAAUUACUGUUUUGUGUUUAAUGUGGAUUCAUUGUCAAAAAAUAGAGUUUCCCGAAUGGGACACAAAACGAGAUGUACAAUAUUUUGAUACGUUUAUGGAGAAGCCACUGUGCGCUAUUAACUCAGUUAAUACCUGCGAGGAUGAACGAAAUGUAGCUUUUUUUAAUUGGUUAUUCAAAAAUCGCAAAGAAAACAGUAUGACCACACAACCUUUCUCCACAAACAAAUUCAGCAAAUCUAUCCGAACAGUUCCAUUAUUCCAAAAAAAGGGUCUUUCUUGUGCAUGUAAAGGAGAGCCGGAGAUGAAAUACCUUGGAAUAAUGUAUUUCCCUAGACAACUACCAACGAUAAAAUGUAAACCAAGCAGUUGCCUAGGCGGUCCUUAUCAAUGCCGCCCUAAGGAAUAUAAGGUGCACGUAUUGAAACAAAAGCAAGCUGAAGAUUUAGAUGUUUCCGACGCAACUUGUUCGUCUACUCCACACAGUGUGAGAGAUUUCUUCAUUCCAGAGGAGAUUACAAUAACAGUUGCUUGUGAAUGCGCACCGUAAGAUUAAUAUAACCUGCAUCGUUAUCUACAAAAAAUUAAAGAAUUAUAGCUACA